GGACAUUUGUGUGGAAUAACAAACAGCUUGUUUUGCUCACAAGAGCGAGGGCAAGAAAACAAGCAACUGUCAGACUGUUGCAGCUGCACUCACCCCACCCACUGACACUUCCCCCCCCCAGGGGCUGAGAAAAAGCCAACUGCACCCCGGGCCCAAGGACAGAGCCUUGGCUGCUUCUAUUCCUGAUCAAGGGCACCCGUGAUACCAUUGCUCCAGUUAGCCGGACACAUCUGUCUUAUGAGAAAUUUCCCUGGAGGCCAAACACCCAACAGGAGAAACACAGGGCUCCCCACAUCCCCAUCUCUUCCUGUGUGUGCUGCUUAAUGCAGAGAUAGGGUCCUAGUCAGCUCCAUCCGUCUUACUCUAACAGUCGGACUACUGAUUUUGGCCCAGGGAUUGUGAAGCACUCUCCAUGGAUUCUGCACAUCUGACUCUGCUUCUUGUCUCCCUCUCACUGACCUGCUGCGCUCAGUUUGAUGUCCAGCAGCCAAGGAGAAUGGUGGUACCAGAGGGAGGCACUGCCAGACUAAGUUGUUCUUUGGACCACCAAGACAUCCAAAAGUUCAAUGUUCAUUGGUUCCAGCAGAUGCCAGGGAGCUCUCCAUCCUUCAUCCUCCUGCACAACAGUAAUUCCACCACCCGCUGGGGAGAUGUCCAUUUCCAACGCUUCCAGCCAAUGAUGAACAUCAGGAACAACACUCACUUCUUAUUGAUCACGCAAGUCACAACCAAUGACAGUGCCCGUUACUGGUGCAUGGUGACAAAGGAGCACUUUUAUCCAGUUUGGGGAAAUGGCACCUACCUCAGUGUAUCUGGCGGCAAGGAUGUGCUAACACCUUCUGUAACUCUCCUGAGCAGUGAAGAAUCUCUGUCCAGAGCCUCCAUAUUCCUUAUUAUGUGUUUGGUCAGCAAAUUCUAUCCUGCAGUGAUUGAGGUUACUUGGAAGUUGGAUAACCAGACAACCCCUGGACAAGUAACUACAGGACCCUUAUUACCAGAUGAAGAUGGUUCCUACAGUACCACCAGCAUCCUUGAGGUUCCUUCCUACCAAUGGACUAAUUUCUCUUCUGCAUCAUGUGAAGUGCGCCAUGACUCCUCACUAACUGUCAUCUCAAGGCAUUUGUCUGUCUGUUCCAAAUGAGCACUGAAGGGCUGGACUUGAUGGAUGGCUGUCAUUUAUUUAGUCCAGCUCUUGUAAUACAAUGGACAAGAAAAAAAAUGAGCAGUUUGCCUAAUAAAAUACUAUUGUGUGGUUUA